AUGCAGCACCUCACAAUGCUGCUGAGAUUAGGCCUGCCCAUCAGAGAGGUGCGUAUGGGGGUCCAGAAGUCCUCCUUCCCCAAUAAUAAGACACCUGGGAUUCAUCCCCCACCUCUGCCUGGGGGAUUUCAAGGCCACAUCCUCCACGAGGGCACACACUUACCAGGGAGGAGCAAAUGAUUUCUACCACUGGUCUCAAAGCUUAGGCUUUGUUUUCCAAGAUACCUUUAAAUCAGCCACCUGAAAGCCCCUGUGAUGCUGCUGCAGGUUAGCUGUUACACUGUGGAAUAGCACCGGGACAACGGGCACAUUGUGACCUCUGCAAGCAUCCUGCAUGAGUCUUGAGACACCAGCAUACAGGCAUGCAGCGCUUCGCAAAUCCGCUCCUCCGGCAUAUACUUCCCAGGGGCUGCUCUGAUGCUGCUCAAAAGCAGCAGUGCCUGAAGUAUUUAAGAUCUCUGAGGACGCUGCAGUUCAAUGGCUUCAACACUGGUUUUCUAGGGGAAACAGGUAUUCCAGAGAGUCUUAUAACAGGAGAAAAAUCAUCUGAGGAAGCCGACCUGCGUUGGCCGAUAUGGACACUUGUUCACACUGGCAGCUGCCAAGGGUGGGUGCUCUGGCAGUACAAACUUCUAUUAAGAGGUGAUCUGCCCACCCAUCAGCAGAAUGGGGCUUUUCAGGAGUUGUGUGAGUCUCUGACUACAUCCCAUGGAAAGUGUGUAAUUGUGACGAGGGAUAAAACACAGCUGAGGUGUGUGGGGGCAAAAGAUGGCAAGGAGACGGAGAUGGAAACCCUGCUGCCAGCCCUACCAGCAAUCCACAUAGUCAGCAUUAAGUGUUGCCCUGAAGCUGCUAGAGCCAAUGGCCAUGAGCUUCGUGCCUGGUCUUCUUUGAAGUGGUUUAUUAUGAACAACAGGAAUAACUUUUCUCUGAGGUCUAUUGAGAGGACCCCCUCCUAUAGGUGUAUCCUCCUGAGUGAUUUGAUUGUUAAAGGACUAGAGAACAUGACCCCAGACAAAUGGAACGCAGCGUUUAACAGAGUGAAGAGAUGGGAGAACUACUGCCUUGGUACACUUUCUUAA